AUGAUUUUGAAAAUACUGAUUUUCGUUCAAUUGGCGCAGACUCUUGAGCAGUUGCCUUUUAAAAACGCAACAUCGACGGCAAAACCAAGAGAAACUCCAUCGCUACCUGCGGACUGGAGGGCUGAAAGCAGAGUCAACAUCUCCGUGGCUCAGCCGCCAAGAAAACGAGUCAAAACUUUGGAUAGACAAGCCGCAUUGAUCAAGAGAUACAGGCAAAAUCAAAAACUGAGAAACUCAACUUUCAUUUCCGAAGAGCAAGAAGAUUUUUUACAAGCAGAAAAUUCUUCAGUCAAGAUUUUAUUUCAUGCGUUUUUUCUUGCUUUCCUGCUUUUUUUGUAG